AUGGAGAAACCAACUCAACUCAUUCUCUUCCUUAACUUUUUCUUUUUCCUAGCAGCAGGACAAAAUGUCAGCAGGAACACAACAACUGUGUUCCAUGUAGGAGUGAUCCUCGACUUGGGCACACUGGUUGGAAAGAUUGGCCAGACCAGCAUUUCCAUGGCAAUCGAUGACUUCUACGCCACCCACAGUGACUACACAACAAGACUGGUUCACCACGUCUUGGAUUCCAACAACAACGUCUUGCAAGCUGCAUCAUCAGCUCUGUACCUGCUGGAAAACAGAGAGGCGCAAGCCGUCAUAGGCCCCCAAAAAUCCUCACAGGCCGCUUUCAUCUCUGAACUCGCCAACAAAAGCCAGGUCCCCAUUAUCUCCUUCUCCGCAACAAGCCCCUCUCUCUCUAGCACACCAUACUUUGUACGAACAACACUGAACGACUCCGCUCAGGUAAAAAGUAUCUCCUCCAUUAUCAAAGCCUAUGGAUGGAGGGAGGUGGUACCAAUCUACGAGGACACGGACUACGGCAGGGGCAUCAUACCAUACCUCAUCGAUGCCCUCCAAGAAACGGACACCAGUAUCCCCUACCGUAGUGCGAUCCCCAUUUCAGCUACAAAUGACCGGAUCAUGGAAGAGCUCUACAGAAUAAAGACCAUGCAAACCAGGGUAUUCCUCGUGCACAUGGCAGCCCCGAUGGGGUCUCGCCUCUUUCCGAAGGCCAAGGCGGCAGGAAUGAUGAGCGAAGGGUACGUGUGGAUCAUGACCGAUGGGCUAGCAAAUGUCGUGGAUUCCCUCGCCCCUUCCACCAUCGAUUCAAUGCACGGUGUCCUGGGCGUGAAGUCAUACGUGCCCAAGUCGAGGGAGCUCCAUGAUUUCACCAUCAGAUGGAAGAGAAGAUUCCAGAAAGACAACCCCAGUGAUCAGCUAACCGAGCCGAGCAUCUUUGGACUGUGGGCUUACGAUACAGUUUGGGCGGUGGCCAUGGCUGCAGAGAAGGUCGGCGUGGCAAAUGCUGCCUUUGAGAAGCCACGAGCUGCUACCGACUUGACAGAAUUGGACACAGUGGGGAUUUCCAUGGAUGGUCCGAAACUUCUGAAAGCGAUUCUAGAGAGCAGAUUCACAGGUAUCAGCGGCGAUUUCCAUCUCGUAGAUGGGCAGUUUCAGCCCUCCGCAUUCCAAAUAAUCAAUGUGAUUGGAAGAGGAGGGAGAGGGGUUGGGUUUUGGACGCCACGAUAUGGAUUCUCCAAACAGCUGACUCGGAAUAGCACUAAAGCGUACUCCACCUUAAUGACCGAUUUGUAUCAUGUGAUCUGGCCGGGGGAAUCGACUGCAAUACCAAAGGGCUGGGAAAUGCCGGUGAGUGGGAGGAAACUAAGGAUUGGUGUUCCCGUAAGGGAUGGAAUUAGUGAAUUUGUGAAGGUGGAAAGGGAUCCCACCACGAAUAUAACGACUGUAAGUGGGUACUGCAUUGAUGUCUUUGAAGCUGCAAUACAGAAGCUGCCUUAUGCAAUUCCUCAUGAGUAUAUUCCAUUUGAGAAUUCAAAAGGAAGAAGUACAGGGUCCUACAAUGAUCUUGUCUACCAGGUCCAUCUUCAGAAAUAUGAUGCCGUGGUAGGAGAUGUAACGAUCAGAUUCAACAGAUCGUUAUAUGUCGAUUUCACUUUGCCAUACACUGAAUCAGGGGUGUCAAUGAUCGUUCCAGUCAAAGAAAACACACACACCAGUGCAUGGACUUUCUUGAAGCCAUUGACCAUGGACCUGUGGCUGGGGAGUUUCGCCUUCUUCAUCUAUACAGGCUUUGUCGUUUGGGUGAUAGAGCAUAGGAUCAACAUGGAGUUCAGGGGUCCUCUUUCCCAUCAGAUUGGAACCAUUUUCUACUUCUCCUUUUCCACACUUGUCUUUGCCCACAGAGAGAAGGUGGAGAACAACUUGUCGAGGCUCGUCAUAAUUAUAUGGGUUUUUGUUGUGCUUGUGCUUACAUCAAGUUACACUGCUAGCUUGGCAUCCAUGCUUACGGUCCAACAGCUUCAACCUACUGUAACGGAUGUGUACGAGCUCCUUAAAAAUGGAGACUAUGUUGGAUAUAGUGGGAGUUCCUUUGUAGAGGGUCUACUGAAGCAAAUCAAAUUUGACAAAUCAAAGAUCAGGGCCUAUGACUCUCCUGACGAAUAUGCCAAGGCCCUCUCGAAAGGAAGCAAGAAUGGCGGCGUUGCUGCCAUAGUCGAAGAAAUCCCAUAUAUCACCCAAUUUCUUGCAAAACAUUGCACUGGUUACACCAUGGUUGGACCAAUUUAUAAGACUGCAGGAUUUGGAUUUGCUUUUCCUAAAGGCUCCCCUCUAGUCCCUGAUAUCUCGAUGGGAAUACUAAAUGUAACCGAGGGAGAUGAUAUAAUGGAGAUUGAGAGGAAGUGGUUCGGGGAUCACAAUUCUUGUCUAAACCAGGGAAGUACCGUCAGCUCUAACAACCUGAGUUUUAGUAGCUUUUGGGGACUAUUUCUCAUCACUGGAAUAGCUUCAACUUGCGCCCUUGUAAUAUUUUUAGCUACGUUCUUCUACAAAAAUUGGCAUGAGAUGAGGAAUAUCGAUCGUGACAAGUCCAUUUUGCAGAGGCUCAUUUCCUGGUUAAAUUAUUACAACAGGAAAGAUGAAAAUUCUCAUACUUUCAGAAGGGAAAAAACUAAUGACAGGAACAGUGAUGCCUGUACAUACCGCCAAGAUGAAGCCAAUGUUCAAGCCUCAAUCAAUCAAUUAAUCAUUUCAAGCUAUUCAGAUGCCGACUCCGGCCAACCUGAAGAAGAAAGCUCCUCCGCAGAGCUUGCAAAUCCGAGUGCAGAAGCUGAACCGGCAUCUACUGUUUCAACAAACUGA